AUGGCACAAACGGAGCAGCAGACCUUGACUCGCGUGUUCAAGGAUCGGCAAAUUACUUUGGACGAGGGAGUCUCAAAAGCAUUCAACGACAACGCCACCAGUCACGAGCUCACAUCUUGGGUGCAAGAGUAUCUGCAGCCCGACACACUCCUUACCCGAGAUGAGCUGAAUUUCCACAACAAUCGCUUCAAAAGCGGUGCUCUGGCCACGACUGGCGAUGGUUUGUCACAUCGUGCACUGGAAGAUGCGGAGUUCGAAGCAGCCAUACAGUCACUUGAGACUAGCACAGCAGCCAUUGAGAAGCAAUGCCAAACCAUGGAGGAACAGAAGCGAGCAUUGCAGCAGCUCAAAACAAGCAACUCCAGCAGUACGACAGCAGUUUCCCGCCAGCAGGAGCGACAGGUCGAGUCUGCACGCCACAAGGCACAGCUUGACUUCGAAAUCACCGAACUUGCCGAUUCUAUUCAGGAGCAGAUUCUUAGCUCAACUAAGCAGGUGAGCACUACGGCGGGAAGUCUGCCUGCUGGGGUGGACAGAGUGCUGGAGAAAGACGAUCGGCUUCUCGAUGGCCUGCAGAAGAUCCUUCCUCGCAUCACAAAUACUAGCCAAGACAGUGAUGCCUUAGCAGCAGAAGUCGAGCGUUUAUGCCAAGUCCUCACCACUCUUAUGGCGCAGGAGGUGCGGGUGCGUAUCGAUUCUGCAUACAAUUCUCAUGCCCCGUCUACACCUAAAACGAACGGGCAUACACCAAAGGAUACUGAAAAGCAGCGCGAUUCGCUUCUCGCCGAAUUAUCUGAACUAUCCGGUGAGAUUGACAGUCUGGCAACCAUGGCUGUGGAGGGCAAGUAUCGUCAACCGAUCCUACGGGAGCUAAAAGACGCAGGCUCGGAUACAGAGGCCAAACGCGCGAGAUGGACGGAGUACAUGCUGGCGACAAUGCACUUCCUGACCAACCGACUCGCGACUCUGGACAAUCAUGCUCAGCAUCUGCAUACAUACCAAGCAGCUAUUGUAGAACUCAACGCUGCUCACCAGACCGUGACUGCUAAACCAUUGGAUCCGAGGCAUGAAACGCAGGCGGCUGUAAAGUCUCCAGCUACACCAGUAGCCAAAGGUCUCAAGCCCCUGCGUCUGGUCCAAGCAAACAUCUCCGAGCCACAGGACGCAGUCAGCCAGCUCCUCCGAUCGUUCGAUAUCCGUGUCAAGGACUCCACAGACACCGCGAGACUACUCCAAGCGCUCACCCAAGCCAAACAGGACCGCCAUGCGCGAGUGCAGCAAUUAAGCAAGAGCACCGAGCGCGGUAUCAGCGACCAAUUGGCUGAUAGCAUCACAAAGUCGGAUCAUGAUCUUCAGGACUUACUCAGCGCUGUAUACGCACAUACAAGCUAUGGUACCAUCAGAUUGCAAGACGAAGAUCUCCGCAGCAGAGUGGAGGAGCUUGAGGUGGUGACUGAGGGGCUGAGUGAUGAAAUGCGCGGCUUGGAUGUCGAGGGUCUUACACAGGAGAUUAGGAAGAAGCAGAAGGAGAUGCUCGGGUAG